CCACAACCUGUAGCAACUGGUCCCCCGCCAUAAUAAUAAAAACAAACCGCGCUAUAAUUAUCUGGGACGGUCAUUUUUCUGCGGCGUGUGCCCCUCUCGUACCUUUGCCCUCCAAACGCCAAAUGCCAAACAACCCCAAGCCCGGCCAGGUGUCUCGCAGCUUCCCCCCCUUCGACAUCUUCCCAGUCCUAGUCCAAGUCCAAGUCCAAGUCCAAGCUUCCAACCACACUCCGCAGCUCCCAAGCACUUGGCGGCAUCUGCCUCGUCUUAACUGGAACUUCAUGAUCUUGCCCUCUUCCUCCUCCUUUCCCUUCCUCUUCACCUAUACCCUCUGAUUACGCGCGCACGGCCGAUCUACUCGUACGAUUAUCCCUUGAACAUAUUACGACCAUCUUUGCUGAAUAUCCCCCUCCCCCUCCCUCUCCCUUCCACCAACGUCGCCGCGCCACGCCGACUGACCCUCUCACCCGUUUGAAGGGCCGCCUCCCGUCUCCCUUCCUCCCCCAUUGACUCCGAGACCCCGACAACCCGUCAACAUAACCACUGCCACCAUCGUCCUACGCCGUAAACAUGGCUCCCACGGCUACUAAGAAGAAGAUCGCCGUCAUGACUUCGGGAGGUGACUCCCCAGGCAUGAAUGGUGUAGUGCGCGCUGUAGUCCGAACCGCCCUCCACAUGGGAUGCGAACCCUACUGCAUCUACGACGGGUACGAGGGCUUGGUAGUGGGCGGCGACCAGAUCCGCAAGGCAUCAUGGGGAGAUGUGCGCAACUACCUCGGACAGGGCGGUACUCUGAUCGGAACCCGCCGCUGCAUGGCCUUUUACGAACGCCCCGGCCGGUUGACCGCCGCCAAGAACAUGAUCCUCCACGGCAUCGACGCCCUCAUCAUCUGCGGUGGUGACGGUUCCUUGACUGGUGCCGACAAGUUCCGCGCCGAGUGGCCUUCUCUGAUCGACGAGCUCGUUUCCUCCGGUCAGCUCAAGAAGGCUCAGGUCGACCCCUACAGGCACCUCAACAUUGUCGGUUUGGUCGGCUCCAUUGACAAUGACAUGUCUGGCACUGAUGCCACCAUUGGAUGUUACUCGGCUCUCGAGCGCAUCUGCGAGAUGGUCGACUACAUCGAGGCCACCGCCUCUUCCCACUCAAGGGCCUUCGUCAUCGAGGUCAUGGGGCGCCAUUGCGGCUGGCUGGCCCUCAUGGCCGGCGUUGCGACUGGUGCCGACUUCAUCUUCAUUCCCGAGAAGCCUAGGGAGGAGAACUGGGAGCAAGAAAUGUGUAAUAUCGUCAAGAGGCACCGAAGCUUUGGAAAGCGCAAGACCAUCGUAAUCAUCGCCGAGGGUGCCCACGACAGCAAUGGCAAGAAGAUCAGCUCCGAAAUGGUCAAGGACCUGCUCGCCGACAAGAAUGGACUUGCUCUGGAUACCCGCAUUACAACUCUUGGUCAUGUUCAGCGAGGUGGCACCGCGGUGGCUUACGACAGAAUGCUGGCCACGCUGCAGGGCGUCGAGGCCGUCAAGGCAGUCCUCGAAGCUACCCCUGAAACCGAAACCUGCUUCAUCGCCAUCACUGAGAACCAGAUCUGCCGCAAGCCGCUCAUGCAAGCCGUCAAAGACACCAAGGAGGUCGCAAAGGCCGUAGACGAGAAGAACUUUGAGAAGGCAAUGUCCCUCCGUGACACAGAGUUCGCAGAAAUGUUCAGCUCUUACAUGAUGACCACGAACGUCAGGGUGGACGACCAUCAUCUGCCUGAAAAGGAGAGGAUGAAGAUUGGUUUCAUCAACGUCGGCGCCCCCGCUGGUGGCAUGAACGCCGCUGUGCGGGCGGGUAUCGCCUACUGUCUCUCGCGCGGUCAUGAGCCCAUCGCCAUCCACAACGGCUUUGCCGGUUUCGCCAGACACCAUGGCGAUAAGCCCGUCGGUGCGGUGCGACCUUUCGACUGGCUGGAGGUUGACAGCUGGGCCAGCAAGGGAGGAUCCGAGAUUGGCACCAACCGAGAGCUUCCCUCCGAGUCUGGCAUGGAGCUCAUCGCUAACCUCAUCGAGAAGUACGAGUUCGACGGUCUGUUCCUGGUUGGUGGCUUCGAAGCAUACCACGCCGUUUCGCAGCUGCGCAAAGCGAGAGAGCUGUACCCCUCGCUGUGCAUCCCCAUGGUUCUCUUGCCGGCCACGAUUUCCAACAACGUUCCCGGGUCAGAGUACUCGCUUGGUUCCGACACGUGCUUGAACGAGCUCGUCCAGUACUGCGACAAGAUCAAGCAGUCGGCCUCGGCCACCCGUCGUCGUGUGUUCGUCGUCGAGACCCAGGGUGGAAAGUCCGGUUACGUCGCGACCCUGGCCGGUCUCAGUGUUGGCGCGAGCGCUGUCUACACGCCGGAGGAGGGUAUGGACCUCGAGAUGCUGGCUGCCGACGUCCGCCAUCUUCGUGAGGUCUUCGCCAAGGACAAGGGCCAGUCCUCGUCCGGUCGCCUGAUUCUCAUCAACGAGAAGGCCGACGACGUCUUCAACGCCAAGCUCAUUGCGGACAUCAUCCGCAAGGAGGCGCGUGGCCGGUUCGAAUCCCGCGACAGUAUCCCGGGCCACGUUCAGCAGGGUGGCGUUCCCUCGCCCAUGGACAGGUGUCGCGCCGUCAGGUUGGCUAUCAAGUGCAUGCAGCACCUCGAGGAGUUCCGGCCCAAGUCGCAUAACAGGUGCAAGAGGGACCCCAUGAGCGCCUCAGUCAUUGGCAUCAAGGGUGCCCAGGUCACCUUCACCCCCAUCCUGGACCUCGAGGACCACGAGACGGACUGGAAGAACCGUCGGCCCAAGAACGUUCACUGGGCGCAUAUGGGUGACGUGGUCAACAUGCUCUCGGGCAGGCCCGCCCACCACAAGCCCGAGCAGAGCCUCACCGGAUUGAAGGCCAAGGACGUCAAGAGAGGUCUUGAUGACUGAGAUAGACGCAGACACACAGGGAGUGAGCGAGUUAGAUUCUAAUACGGGAGGGAUACAUAAAAAAGAGAACCGCGAGGGAGGAAUAGGGUGCUACUUGAUUCAGCCGAGGGGAAACGGGCGCGUCGGGGUUUGGCUUUGAUUACCUAGGGAACUUGAUCAACGAAUACAUAUUUUCUGUCAGACGACACGCGCGAGCGACUCUCCGCAGGCCGAUGGUUUUAACUGCCCGUUACUUCUCUACCAACACUGACCUUCAUCUC